UCUUUUUUUUUUGCACGAAAAUAAUUUGACAGCGUUUUGCUGACACUGGAAUUUUGUACCCGGGAUGGGGGGGAGGGGGCAGAGUUCCAUUCUACGAAGCACGCAUGGAAUUUAUUGAAAAGUUUGCAGUUUAGUCACUUUCGGUGUGUACGGUUAAGUAGGCGAGGCCCUCCCUGCCUCCUCCUCCUCCUUGCUGCAAGAUAUCCCAGUAGGAAAAGAGCAGAGCACCAAGGUGACUAAAGCACAACAAAUAUCUUGGUUUCAGUAAAGGCUUUUUUUCAGGCCGAAGUGAAAUUCACCAUCCAUAAAAAAAUUCAGUUCUCCAGAACAAGUGGUCAAAAGAAUAAAAUAGGUUUGCAAUGUUUUAUUUUUAAGUUCUCGCAGGACUAUAUUAUUUGAUUGUGUUUUAAAUGGUUCUUGUUGAGAGAAGAAGUGCUGAAAAUGGGGGAUCAGCAGACGUAUAAGACAAACCACAUAGUUAACAAUAGCGAAAAUGUAUAUUACCAGCAGCAGCACUUGAGUCCUCUGGCAUCUGCAAACCACAACUAUGGAACUUCAGCCAUGCAUACAUCUCCAGAGUCUCCCCUCUCUCCCUCAUUCCCUCAUGAUACCAGGGAAAACAUGUCUUUGAAUGUUGGGCCCAAAGGUCUUGGGCUAAUGGAUUCUCCCAGGCAAACAGACUGGGCCCAUUUGGUGUCCGGAAACCACCUCCCAGUAAGAAACAGUCAGCAUGUCAUGUGGAAUCCAAUGGCUCAAAGUGAACCGGUUGAUGGCUUUGACCAUCUCUGUUCCCAAAGCAAUGACCUCAGGUCACAAAAAAUUACCAGUGGGGUUUUGCAUAAAUUAGACUCUUUUGCCCAGGUGUUUGCUAGCCAAAACUUAAGAAUCCAAGUGAACAAUGUGUCUCAGAACAUUCAGUCGCAGCCUCCAGUGAUGGAGAAUGCUGGCGAUAGCGCGCUUCGACAAUUGCUGUCUCAGAAACCUGCUGUGGAACAACAACUUGUGCCGAGAUACCAGCAGAUGCCACAGCAAGUCCAUCCCGGAUUUGGAAGUGCACAGCAAAAGCAGCAGAUGCAGCUAAUGCAACACCAGUCCCCACUUUAUUAUGAUAACCAGCAACAUGUUGCCCACAUCCCAAUGCACUCUGCCAUGCACCAGGGACAGACCCACUUGCAGCAAAUGCAUUCUCAACAUUUGCUGCCACCACAGCUACAGCAAGAUCAAUACUAUCUGCAGCAACAGCAACCCCAUCAAGGACAGCACAGGCUCUUGGUACACGAGAUGCAGCCUCAGCAGCAGCAACAAAGGCAGUGCCCCAUGCAAACAGCUCAGUAUUAUCCAAUACAGCCUAUGAUGCAACAGUUACAACAGCAACAGCAGCAGCAGCAGAUACAAACACAACUUCCUCCCUACCACCGGGAUACUAACCAGAAGCCUCUGCACGAACCUCAGCAAUACUCCCAAGAUCGAGGUAAUUCCAUGCAUCUUAUACAGCUAGGAGCAGUCCCUCCGUAUUUCUAUCAAGAUCAGCAGCAGUCCUUCAAACAUUUGUAUCCACAAAGUGUUCUGCAUCAGCAACAGCCAUCCGGUGAUGCCAGUCAGCCUGAUCAUUACCAGAGUGAUGGUAACACUCAGACAUUGAUGGAUGAGCACCUGGGACUCCCUAUAGCAGAGGGGACUGAAGAUCCAGCAGCACAGGGCCUGAAUUCUGUGGACAGCACAAUCUCCCAACCAUCUCUUAGACCUUCAACAAGUGUUCUGAUGAAUAACAAAAGACCUCAGCAGUUGUCUCCCAGUGCAAUAUGGCCACAGCAGAUCCAGUUACUUGAUGGCAGACUUCCAUCAGUUUCUCCUGAACAAAGCAAUGCUUGUGAUAAAGAAACCUACAUUGAAAGAUCCGAACCCAAGAGCAAACUGACAUGCUCUGUAUGUUUCAAAGAGUUUAAAAGUUUACCAGCUCUAAAUGGUCACAUGAGGUCCCAUGGAGGGAUAAGGGCAUCUCCUAUCUUCAGACAGGAGGAUGGGGAGAACCUGCCACAGCAGCACCAGCAGGAACAGCUGCCCUCCGAAGUGGAUAGCUUUGCGCCUAUCGUCAUGCCUGUGUCUGUCCCUGUAAAGGUUCUGUCGCCUGAGCCCAGCAAGCAGGCCAGUGAUGGCUGUGCCCUGGUCAAAGACAAGCCUGUCUCAGAUGAUGAGAUGCCUGUCCUUGUGAGGAUGAUCUGUUCUCCAGCACAUUCCCCUAACGCCAUCAGCCCGUCUACCUCUUCUGCUGUGCUGAUGUACCCAAAGAGUGGAUCCCAGGUCAGCAGAAAGGAGCCCAAUAGAAAGCAUCAGCAAAGUAUCACCAACUCUGAAGAAAAUAUCAAAUCUUUUCAAGACAAGAAAAAAUACCGCCACAGACCCGAACCACUCUUUAUACCACCUCCUUCCUUCAAUCUCAGUGCAUCUCACUCAGGGGCUACUCUGUACCAAAGCCAACUUCGCUCCCCCCGUGUUUUAGGAGACCAUCUAAUUGACAAGAAUCAUAAUCCUCCACCUUAUACACCACCUCCCAUGCUUAGCCCCAUACGGCAAGGAUCUGGACUCUUCAGCAGCGUCAUCAUAUCUUCUCAUGGUACAUCUCACCCUCAGCUGCCCCUUACUCCCCUGACACCCACUCCACGGAUUCUCCUCUGUCAAUCUAAUAGUAUUGAUGGAAAUAGUGUUCCUGUGACCUCAAGACCUGGAGAACAGACUAUUCAUAUUGAACCGUGUAUCAACAUUGGCUCAAGAUUUCAGGCUGAUAUCCCUGAAUUUAAAGAUAUAGCAAUGGUGGAGAAGGAGGAUCACAAGGCAACUUUAGUCUGGAAACCAUGGAAAGAACUGGAGGACAAAACUUUUGAACAAAGAGUGACCAAUCUCUUAAAUAUGUGCUGCUCGAGCAUAUUAACUGGUGGAGGAACCAACAUAGAAUAUGGUUUGCAUUCUCUCUUUGAAGCUAAAGGGAAUAUUAUGGCUGCUCUGGAAAUGCUUCUUCUUUUGAAACCAAAAAGAGCAAAAUCACACCCUCUAGCCAAUUACCAUUAUGCCGGUUCUGACCAGUGGACACCCUUUGAAAGAAAAUUGUUCAGUAAAGCACUGGCAACAUAUGGCAAAGAUUUCAUUUUUGUGCAGAAAAUGGUGAAGUCUAAGACAGUCGCCCAGUGUGUUGAAUACUAUUAUACGUGGAAGAAAAUCAUGCAUUUAGGACGACGGCACAGAACUCGGCAGGCGGAAGUAAAAACUGAAUGCCCAACAAGUGGUGAAGAUGAGGAAAUGGAAGGUGAAGAGCAAACUGAGGAAGAAAAAGCAUCUGUAAAAGAAGAAGAUACAGAAAUUCAGAAUUCCCCUGACCCACCGUCUAUUGCUGUUGCAUCACCCAUUAACUCUCCCUCUCUGCCAGGCCUUGGGCUACCUGCGACCUCUUUUAUCUGUGAAAUGCCAGACUGUGGGGCUGUCUUUACUUCCAGACAAGCCCUGAAUGGCCAUGCACGUAUUCAUGGUGGUACAAAUCCUGUGGUCAAAAACCGCUGUGGUGGCUCUAGCACAAAACAAAAGUCGAAUUCUCAGAAUGACUACUGCUCUGUCAAGAGUUCCCCAGCUCAUAGCACAACAAGUGGUGAGACAGAUCCACCUACAAUUUUCCCCUGUAAAGAAUGUGGCAAGAUAUUUUUCAAAAUCAAAAGCCGCAAUGCUCAUAUGAAGACCCACCGCCAGCAGGAAGAACAACAGAGGCAGAAAGCUCAGAAGGCUGCGGUUGCAGCCGAAAUGGCAGCCACAAUUGCAAGGACUGCUGAAUCACCAGGGCACAGCUUGAUCCCCCUGGAUCAUUUAGACUUGAUAAAGCAAGUCGAACAGGGAGACGAACUUGGCAGCGAUGUUGUACAGGAACUGGGUGAAGUAAUUGACAGUGAUGAAGUGAUGAACCCCAGCCUCUUAUUGGUUGAAGAAGAAUCAGAGUUGCUUCAGGAUGAUGUUGAACUGUAGACAAAAUGAGCCACGUCUGUAACAUUACUGAUACCAGUUGAAAUCAGUUUCCUCCAGUGAAAAGGCUAUAUUUCUUAUUUCCCUUUUAUUUUAAACUGUUUCUAUAGCUGAAUUCUUUUAAAUCCAGAACUGGCUGAA